AUGGACAUCCAAACUAUUGCAACAAUAUUUAUUAAAGUUUUAAAACUUGUAAUUAAUUUUAUCAUUCUUAUGCUCUACCGUUAUGGCGGGAAACAAGGAUUUCUGGGAGUAGGUGGAACGUGGAACUUGUAUGAAGUAAAAAGUGCUGAUGCUGAAAUUAUUGCAUCUGGAGUUUUUGUGGGAUUUUUCAUCUACACAUCAGUUAUCUUAAUUUCAUACUGCUUUGGAACAACAAAGCACAAAUAUAGUGCAGUAGAUAUAAUAAUGAAUGUGAGUGGAACUAUAUUGUUCACCGCUGUAGGAGGCAUAGCAUUACAUUACUGGGUUGGUUUCCAGGAUGAAAACCAUUAUGUGGGAAUUUCUCAAGAAAAACAAAUAGGACUUGCAUUAGGCAGUCUUAGUGUAGUAUGUGCUGCUAUAUACCUUCUCGAUACAGUUUUAUCAUGUAUACAUAUUGCGCACAAGCAUGCUAUUGCUUAA